AUGGAUUCAACUUCAGCAUUCCCUCAACAACAAGAGAUGCACGAUCUUCAUGCCGAAGACUCCUCCACUGUUUCCGAUUGCGAGAGCGGUGUUUCCGGCAACACCAGAGAGUUACAACUGAAUUCCGACUCGUUUUUAGUUAGGCUUGGAGAAGGCGAUGUUGUUCAUGACCUUAUAAAGACCAGAUUCCUUCGCGGACUCGGUUUACUUGCGAACCAAACCGAGAUUCUCGCCGUUCACAGAAACGCCUGUUCCGACGUCGUUUCACAAGCGCGCCUUCAAUCCUUUCACGUUUAUGCAGGAGCUGUUUCUAAACUUCGCGGUGGAGAUUCGAACGUGAAAUACGCUUGGUACGGAACUUCCUGUGAGAAUGACGUAAGAGACAUUCUUUCAAACGGUUUUAGUCAUGUCCACGGUCAAAGCCUGUGUCUCUCUCCAGAUGAUUCUCCUCUCCAAAGUGUGAAAAGUUGUUUUGUUGGAAGAGAUGGUGUGAGGCAUUUGAUUUUGUGUAGGGUGAUUUUAGGAAGAACGGAGAUUGUGAAGCCUGACACCAAACAAUGUUAUCCUAGUAGUGAGAAUUAUGAUUCUGGUGUGGAUAGUUUUUCAGCUCCAACGAAGUACAUGAUUUGGAGUAGUAGAAUGAACACUCAUGUUUGGCCUGCUUAUGUUAUAAGCUUCAGGGUUCCUUCAUUCAAAGGGAUUGAGAUGAAUGAAGAAGAACAUGUGAGACCAACUUCACCUUGGAUGCCGUUUCAAAAUUUAAUUUCUGUGCUCUCCAAAGAUUUGCCAUCGCUUGAUAUUGCUUUGAUUUCCAAGUUCUACAAAGCUAAAAAGGAAAGGAAGAUUUCACGACAUGAAUUGAUACAAAAAGUGAGACAAAUUGCUGGAGAUAAGUUGCUGAUUUCGGCCAUCAAGUCUUACAGAGCAAAGAAGAAACCUACAAAGUUUCAGCAAACAAGGUCUAAGAAUGACAACUAG